GUGUGAUAUGUAUGUGAGAUUGUGAUUUGUAUAAGCUGUUCCACCAAUUUUCUUGUUACUGGUAUUGUUGGUUCUGACUCUGUUCAUCACAGCAGACGACGACGAGCAGUGUUUCGUUCCUCCUUCCUCUGAUUCUUAUUCACAUCUGCCAGUGUACUUGUAUACCAACGCCAAUCCCAGGUCUCCUUACAUACCAGCAAGCAUCUAACUACGAAUUCAUUAGCAUCUAGCAAGAAUGACUAUGGAAGCCUCAGCUACAGAGGCAAACGACGUCUUCUCCCUCUCAGAUCAUCUUCUUGCAGAACGUCUUCAGUUCGUCAAAGAGAUCGGCUUCGGAAACUGGGGUAGUGUUUGGCUGUGCCGUCCCAAAUCCAGUUCCUCAUCAAACAAGCACAAGGACGUCGAAGUAGCUGUUAAGCUCGUCCACCGCUCCAAGACCAGUACAACGGCUGCGCGUGUGCGUUCGCUAUGGAACGAGAUGAAGAUUGUGCGCUCAUUCAAGGCCGACCCGCAUCCCUCGAUCAUCCCAUUUCACUCGUUUAUCAUCACCCCGUCAUAUGCACUUAUCACAAUGGCGUAUCUACCAACCCUCGUCCCCGUUGAGGUAUCCGAACCCCGCGCAAAAGAAUGGUUCCGCUCACUAUUGAGUGGUGUCCACUUCCUGCACGAGCGUGGGGUCGUACAUAACGACAUCAAACCUGCCAACAUCCUGCUCUCCCACAAGAAUAUACCCGUAUUGGUCGAUUUCGGGUUUGCAGAGAAGUAUGACCUUUCUUCCCCUAAAGCAUUCCAUAGUAAUUUGGCAUACGGCACCCCCGAGUAUCUCUCUCCAGAACGUGCUCGUGGCCUUCCCCAUGACACGCGGAAGUCUGACAUAUGGUCACUUGGUGUCACCUUUUUCGAGAUAUUGGUUGGUCGCACGCCAUUUGAGUAUGAAGAGGGCGAGCAGUUUGCAAGCAAAGCAGACUUGGAGAAGUACUGGGGCAGGACAAUGCGCGGCAAAUGGGUAGGCUCAUACACCGUUCCCAGGCCCGUGGAGAAGCUCCUCAAGCGUAUGAUUGUUCCCAAUGCAGAUUUGAGGUGUACGGCGAAACAGGCUAUGGCUGAUACAUAUUGGCAGGCUGCAGCUACAACGGCAGUUCCAGACAAACAUGUACAUAAGAAAUCUGCCUCAGCUGCCGUUUCCCCCGCGAAGCAGACACCCAUCCAUACACUUUCAUCCUCAUUCAUAUCCCCCCCGUCGAAAGAUACCUCCACUCCAAAAGACGCUGUACCUAAAGACGCACCUGUCUCGCGGCUUCUCGACAUUUCACUCCCCUGGUCUUCCAAUUCUCGCUCUUCCUCCCGCUCCUCAGCAUCCCGCUCGGUCUCCCGCACACCUGAAAAGGAGAUCCAGAAUGACACCCGCGCCGGCGACAGGUAUCAUGCACGAUCAAAAUCACAACCUAAGCUCCGCUCACCUUACCCUCACGCGGAUGGAUAUCGCCAAGGGCGGAAGUUGUCAACUGUACAAGGAUCACCUGUUGUGAAGAGCGCAAAGAAGCUCGGACCUGCUCCCCUCAGUCUUGUCGGCACUACAAACAUGAGUGGUAACACGAGCAGCAGCUCCGGGUUGUUCUCACUCAAUUCGCUUACACCAGUCCGGAAACCGCUUGGAUCGAGGACGCCUUCGAAUCUCUCUCUCAGAGAUCUAGAAGGCGGAAGAAAGAAGGGCGCGAGGAUAGGGAGGGAGAACAUGCCACGUGCAAAAGAAAACUCGCCACUCGCAGAUAGCAAGGAAAACACUCCCCAAAACAAAGGAAACGGCACACCUAAAAUGAGCGGUCGUAAACCCCGCUCGCGUUCUCGAGCGGGUGUAUUUGCAGACUUGACGGGUUUUGCGAAGAAUGUGGAUUUGGGUGCGCAUGGGUUACCAAAGGCGAGGGCGAAGGGCACUUUGAAGAGUGUUUCGGACCUGAGGAAUGUUUCGAGGACGGAUCUUAGGAGCGCGUCGAGGCCGGACUUUCGUGAUGCAUCGAAAACAGACGUUCAAAGCGUAUCGCGGACGGACAUUAGUGUCGUACAGAACACGUCGAGGGCAAGUCUGAACGAGCACCGCACCCCCAACGCUUCUACUACAGACCUCGCGAACGUAUCGACAACCGUAAAUGUCAGCGGUAUGGCCGAUACCACGUCCUCGACCGUAGGCAAGGGCAGUGUACGUGACCGUAUGCGCGAAUGGGAGCGUGAACGUGAGCGGUUGCGGGAGAUGGAGAGACUGACGGAGAUGCAGCGCGAAGCUGAGUCUAUCAUGACGUCAGCCAACGGAAACAUUAACGAUGAUGACGAGACGGAGUUGAGCGACGAAGAGGUGGAGUGUGCGAUUCAAAGGGAGGAGGCUCAGGAGGCGCGUCGCUCCCCCGUUCCGAACGGCCAGACAGGUCCCGUGGAUGUAUACGUGCAACAUGAUGCGAAGACAGAGGAGACGGAUAGCGAGAUUGAUCCAAAUGUUACGAGCUAUCGUGCAGAUUUGAGCGCGGAGCACAUUGAGAUUGCGAGGAUAGGGGUGAGGGCGAGUGCGCAGUUGUUGACGAUGAGCAAAGGGAGUGUUUCAGUGCUUGGGGUGGACAGGAGCUAUUCAGCAUCGACGGCGCCUGCUGAAUGUAAUCUCCCAAGUGAGAUGCACCGGGUGAGUGAGUCUGGAUUCGUUGGACUCAAACACAGCGUGAAAGCUUCUAGACAAAGGCGUUCGGAUGUACAAGUCCUCGACGCUUGGCCAAAUCACGGGUGGUCGUACGACACCUGUGUGGUGUGCAUCCCCGGAGCCCAUCGAGUUUGAGCAGCGCCGUUCGGGUGAAGCUGGGAGAUUCAGCUAUGAGGAUAUUCGCCCAGAGAAUGCCGCUGAGAAGGAACGAGAGACGGCCAUUGAUAGAAUGAAUCUCUGGAUUCAGAAUGUCGAGAGAGUCGUCGAGGAAACGCGCCAGAACUUUGCUUUUGCAUCCACUAGCAUUACUCCACCUCCCGCGCUUCCGCUCUCGCCACCCAUUUCACGUUCUAAUUCGCAGGCGCUCAAUGUGUCGCGUUCAUCUUCGCGCCUUCCAAAGCGUAUGCUUGCUGCGAAUGAGAUCUUUUGUGAUGAUCCUAAUGCACCGCUGUCCCCUGGACGAUCGGCACUUGCGGAUCAGACC